GAACGCGACGAAAAAUUUCACCACCAUAAAAAUUAUCCUGCUCAUACUUAAGAACCUUUUCUAAUUACUUGUAUUACUUACGGGCAUCACUAUUACUAUCACCGAUAUGACUACAGCAGUUCCUCGGGCCCUGGUAGCGCCAUCCAAUGCCACUUUCAAAGAUAAAGAAAAACCUCAAGAAGUACGUAGAGCCAACAUCUUAGCAGCUCGAGCAGUAUCAGAUGCUAUUAGAACUUCAUUAGGACCAAAAGGGAUGGAUAAAAUGAUUCGAACUAAAAAUGGACAAAUUAUAAUUUCUAAUGAUGGAGCAACCAUCUUAAAGCAUAUGGCAGUAUUACAUCCUGCUGCUAGAAUGUUGGUAGAUGUAAGUGCUGCACAAGAUGUUGAAGCAGGAGAUGGUACAACAACAGUUGCUAUAUUAACUGGAUCAUUAUUAGGAGCCGCUGAUAGAUUAUUAAAUAAAGGAAUUCAUCCAACUUUAAUUGCUGAAUCAUUUCAAAGAGCAGCCAUUAGAUCUUGUGAAAUUCUUUUAGAUAUGUCAUAUAAAAUUAAACUUGAAGAUCGUGAACAAUUAAUUAGAGCUGCUUCAACAUCAUUAUCAUCAAAAAUUGUUAGUCAACAUUCAUCACUUUUAUCUCCACUUGCUGUUGAUUCAGUAUUAAAAGUUAUAAAUGAAGAAGAAAAUAAUGUAGAUUUAAAUGAUAUUCGAUUAAUUAAAAAAGUUGGAGGAACUAUUGAUGAUACAGAAUUAAUUAAUGGAGUAGUUUUAACUCAAAAUGUAGUUAAAAAUGCUGGAGGUCCAACUAGAAUUGAUAAAGCUAAAAUUGGUUUAAUUCAAUUUCAAUUAUCUCCUCCAAAACCUGAUAUGGAAAAUAAUGUGGUGGUUAAUGAUUAUAGACAAAUGGAUAAGAUUUUAAAGGAGGAAAGAGCUUAUUUAUUAAAUAUUUGUAAAAAGAUUAAAAAGGCCAAAUGUAAUGUGUUAUUAAUUCAAAAAUCAAUUUUAAGAGAUGCUGUUAAUGAUUUAGCAUUACAUUUUCUUUCAAAAUUAAAUAUCUUAGUAAUUAAAGAUAUUGAACGUGAUGAAAUUGAAUUCUUAGCUAAAUCAACUGGUUGUAAACCAAUUGCUGAUAUUGAUAAUUUUACAGAAGAUCGUUUAGGAUCAGCAGAUUUAGUUGAAGAAGUUGAAAGUUCUGGAUCUAAAAUUGUUAAAAUUACUGGAGUAACAUCAAAAACUAUUAAACCAACUGUAUCAGUAAUUGUUAGAGGGGCUAAUCAAUUAGUUUUAGAUGAAACUGAAAGAUCUAUACAUGAUGCAUUAUGUGUUAUAAGAUGUUUAGUUAAAGAAAAAGCUUUAAUUGCUGGAGGUGGAGCUCCUGAAGUUGAAAUUUCUCGAAUCUUAAUGAAAGAAUCUCAUAAAUUAACUGGAGUUGAACAAUUUGUAUAUCAAGAAUUCGCUCAAGCUUUAGAAGUUAUUCCAACUACAUUAGCAGAAAAUGCAGGAUUAAAUCCAAUUAAUGUAGUAACUGAUUUAAGAAAUAGACAUGAAAAUGGUGAAAAGAAUGCAGGAAUUUCAGUUAGAAGAUCAGGAGCUUCUAAUACUUAUGAUGAACAUGUUUUACAACCAGUAUUAGUAAGUACUAGUGCCAUUACUUUAGCUUCUGAAUGUGUUAAAUCUAUCUUGAGAAUUGAUGAUAUUCAAUUCAGUCGUUAAGUACGUAUAUGAUAUAUAAUCUAUAGUGACUAUACCCUGACAAAUAAUAUACAUAUAUAUAUUGAGAAUAUAGUGAUAUACA